AUGCCUGGUUUCUAUGUAUCGCGCGCCUCUUUGUCGCGCAGAGCCAGCUGCAAGUGUUGUGCAGGUCCUCGGGUGCACGAGGUGGCCGAGGGGCUGGUUGUGCAGCUCGAGGAGGGCGAUGUGGCUGUGAUGCAUGACUCGAUCCUCAUGGUUGCGAAGUCACGUGUCUGUCAGAAGCACACCCUGAACUUCGAGGUUAUGGCAAAGGAUGGGCCUCUGCAGCUGCCAGACAAGGCUAUAGCACUGAGCCCGAUCGUGGAUUUGAGCCCUGACGGCGUGGUCUUCGAGGAGCCCAUUCUCGUAAUCCUCCCAGUGUGUAUCGGGGCCACAAAGGCUUGGAGAUCCCUCGGUGACAGCAGCAAGUGGGAGGUCCUGCCAGAAGCAAGAUUCCAUGCCGGUUACGCAAUCCUCUACUUGGAUCAUUUCUGCAAGAUAGCCGCCGGUGGCGAUGAGCCAUUGGAAGCAGCCAUUAAGAUUUCGUGCUACAUGAACUCCCUUUUGGAAGCCAAGUGGGCCAUCACACAUGCUGCCUGUGGAAGUUGCAGGAACUUGCUUCGAAGCUAUGCCAAUGACGAGGAUGUUCUGCAAGACUACAAACCGUGCAAGCCUGCUUCUUACCCAGCUGGGGGCUAUGCCCAUGGCCAAGACUUGAGGCUGGCUUGGCCCCAUGUUUCAAGUCUUGAACCGGAGCCCGGCCAACCGGAGCCCGGUCGACUGAACUUCAGGCGUUUCCCACUUGUACCUUGCUUGAACCUCAAGAUCUUUCAGGAAUCUGUCCAGGACUGCAGAAAGUUGUGUAUCUCCAGAAAUGUUAGAUUGUCUUUGGGGUAUCAGAUCAGGUUUCUUCCGUGCCCUGGCCGUCGCCCGAACCGUCUUUCGAGCUGCAGAUCGUCGACAGUAGCGAGACGCGCAGGUGCAGAUUCCGCGACUCGGCUGCAGUUUUUUGCGUGA